ACCAGUUUAGUUUUCCUUUCACUCGAUGUACUUUUCUUCCUGCUUUCGUUGCUGCUAUGUUCAAUUGCCUUGGAUUAUGCAGCAUUGGCCUACUGUUGAAAGGGCAGCUCUAUAUAAUGGAUAUAAGGAGGGCAAAGGCGAUUACCCAAUCCGGUAUAGUCUGUUGCGCACAUGACGGAGACUUAACAUGAUCGUUUUCUCUCUCCUCCAUCUGCAUGGAGCUCACACGGCAUGGAUGGCGGUGGUGUCCCGUUUGGCAUAUGCUAACCGCGGCUGCGAAGCUUUGUUGGAGAUCUCCAUGGCCCCUGACUCGAUUCGGCUCAACGCUCUCAGCUGCCAAUUCGGCAUCAGCACAUCCAGUCUCUCCCACCGCGAUUACUCUUCGGGAUUACCAGGAAGAAUGCAUUCAAGCGGUGGUGCACUAUUUGUAUCAGGGCCAUAGGCGAUUAGGAAUUUCUUUGGCUACUGGGUCUGGGAAGACGGUCAUUUUUACACAGCUUAUUGGACGAAUUCCUCCGCGUUCUGAUGGUGCUGAUCAGACUCUGAUCAUCGUUCAUCGGAGAGAGCUUGUCGACCAGGCCGCGUGGCACUGCCGUCUUGCCUACCCGGACCGAACCGUCGAGAUUGAAAUGGGCAAUAGUAAAGCGUCAGGGACAGCGGAUAUUACCAUCGCAUCCAUAAAGAGCCUGACAUCCAAAUAUCGAAUCCUAAAAUUCAAUCCGGACCGAUUCAAGCUUGUUUUGGUCGAUGAGGCGCAUCACAUUGUAGCGCCAUCCUAUCGUGAGGCUCUGGAAUAUUUCGGACUGAACAAAUUAUCAGAAGUUUCGCCGGUCCUCGUAGGUGUUUCGGCUACCUUCUCCCGCUUCGAUGGACUUAAACUGGGUGCCGCAAUCGACCAUAUCGUCUACCACAAAGAUUACGUUGACAUGAUCGACGAGAAAUGGUUGGCGAAUGCAGUUUUCACAACUGUGAAAUCAGAGGCAGAUUUAUCUCGUGUCAAGAAGGAUAAAUUUGGAGACUUUGCGACAGGCUCCCUGUCUCGGGCCGUGAACACGGCAAAGACGAAUAAUAUUACCGUACGAGCGUGGCUCGCUAAUGCGGCUGACCGCAAGUCGACAUUGGUAUUCUGCGUGGAUGUUGAGCAUGCUAAGCAACUUACUGCGAUAUUUCGCGAAUUUGGCGUGGAUGCGCGCUAUAUAACUGCUUCUACGGCGAAAGAAAUUCGCGCGAAGCAGCUCCACGCAUUCAAGAACCGGGAAUAUCCCGUAUUGCUGAACUGUGGCCUGUUUACGGAAGGUACGGAUAUUCCAAAUAUCGACUGUAUAUUGCUCGCCAGGCCGACCAGGUCGAAGAACCUUCUUAUCCAGAUGAUCGGACGAGGGCUACGUUUGUUCCCAGGCAAGAAAGAUUGUCAUAUCAUCGACAUGGUUGCCACGCUGCAAACGGGUGUGCUCUCAACGCCUACACUAUUUGGCCUUCACCCGGACGAAGUCCUGAAUAGAACAACCGCUGAAUAUCUGGGGCAGAACAAAAAGCUAAAAGAGAACAGUGAUGGCACUGCUAUAGCAGAGACAAGAGAAGUCAAUUUCUCUGAAGAAGAUGAUGUGGAAAUUACAUUCACCAAAUAUGACAGCAUAUUUGAUUUAAUCCAAGACACGAAACCAGAGCGGUACAUUCGCUCACUAAGCCCUAAUGCAUGGAUCAGACUGGACGAGAACCGGUACAUCCUAUCUGAUAUUUCUGGUUGGCUCACCAUCGAAAAGAAAGACAGCGACAAAAAUAACAAGAGCUUCACUGUCAAACACGUUAUCAAAUUUAAAUCAACCACCGAAAGUGCUACUCCCAUCUUCACACGCCCGCGUCUGGUUGCGACGGCCCCCGACCUCGAAACAGCCGUCCAUGCCGCAGACACAUAUGCCAAAGAGAAAUUCGAGACCCGAUACAUUUCCACCCGACAGGCAUGGAGGAGAAACCCGGCGACUCCAUCUCAACUAGAUAUGCUCAACAAAGCCAAGAUACGGGAUACAAGGAUCUUCUCCGGGGAACUGACGCGGGGCCAGGCAACAGAUAUGAUUACCAAACUGAGGUUCGGAGGGAAGAAACGAUUUGCGGAUCUAGGAGUGAAACGGAGGGCCGUGGAGCGGGCGGAGACUAAGAAGAGGGAAUUUGAGGAGUUGGUGAGAAGAAGUGAGGUUAGGGUUGGGCCUGUGGAGGUGUAGAUCUAUAUAUAUCAUGGCACUUCUACACUUGUAUACUUGUCUAUGGUAGUCUUUAUUCCAAGGAUUCUCUUGGAGAUCCGGUUGAUUGAUAAGAUGAGAUGAGAUUAGAUAGGCAUGAGUGAUCAGCUACAUUGUACAUGCACAACUUACAAGUCCUAGACAUUAAUGUAUUCAGCCUUGAUCGAUCU